AUGCCCUGGCGGCCUCUGCCUCGGAUCGCUUUUGCUGUCGCCAUCUAUCCCUUCCAGCCCUCCACACCGGCCGACCUGCCACUAGAACUAGGCGAUGAGCUUUAUAUCAUUGAACAAGGCGGAAACAAUGGCGAAUGGUGUCGCGGUUAUCUAGUUGCUCCGCCGUCUCUGCUGUCUGGUUUAACGAGCACCAAGGGCCAGACCCUUGAGGCAAGAGUCUUUUCGGGUAUCUUCCCGCGAAAUUGUGUUGAGAUCCGCGAAGUGUUGGGUGAUGGAGAUGGAAACAAAACGUUGACAAACGGAACCCUGUCAAUCGGCGACCAACCGGAGGACUCGGAGUCGGACCUGAGGAGCAGUCUGGCCUUGUCUCAAUACGAUGAACACGCCACCGGUGAGGUCUCUAAUGUGGUAAUCGCGAAGAAGGAGAAGCCGUCUCAGAUUUUUAUCCAUAAGGUUGAAGAUGAUGAUCAUUCCACCCCCCGCACGGCCCGCGCCAGCCCCUGGGGAACACUUCCACAUACACCAGUCAGCGUAGCCCCUCGGGAUCCCGAUGCACCCAAGCCGGCUGCGCCAGUACCCAUGCUCAAGAUUGGCGACGAAACUCCAACGUCGUUUUCAGAGCCAUUGGUCGAUGAGAUAGCCUCGUGCCUGCGCGAAUGGCACUCUACCAAGCUUCAUGAGUUGCUUCUCUCCCAACAAUAUCAGGUCGUGGAAGAGAUGUCAAACAUUGUUCAAGAACUCGAUUUUGCCAGACGACAGCUUCUCUACAACGUACUCACGUCGAAAGAGAAGGAGGCACUACGACACGAGGUGGUAUGGAAGCUCGUCAGAGGAAACAAGCUGAUGGGUGGAGAGGUCAUUGUUCGAGAUCCUGAGCAAAGAGGUCGACUUCUGACGGGCGAUGACUCUGCUGUGCAGUUGGCAAAACUCCAAUCCGAGAUGAGCAUGCUAGAGAGCAGCCCUACUCACGCUUCAGACGCCGCAGCGCUGCAUCAUUUGCUUCUAGAAGUCAAUGCUGUGUCAGGAAAUGCCCCCGGUCCCGUGGCCCUAGCUGCUCAGCUGUGCUCCCUAUCUGAGACGGGAACUCUCAGACCGUUAUCCGAGACAUACGUUCUAGAUAUCCCAUCGCCUGAACAAUUUGCAGCGUCAGGCCAUAGCAACAAACUCAAGACUCUCUUCACCGAAUUAGUUGCCACGGAUAUCGGAGAUGGAUCAGCCACUGGGCCCAAGUUGUACCUCGUGGUGAGUGUUCGCGCUCCAGAGGUUACCUCCGCCGCCCCAUCUCAGCCAGCACCUGCUGCUUCUCGGGAAGGGCUCACCUCGCCGAAAUCGCCUGCUGCCUCCAACAACACUGCGAAGGGUGGUCUGAAACCCCGCCGCAGCAUGAUGUGGUCGUCUAAGCCGCGUGGUAUUCAAAGCGCAGACCAAUCGAAAGAAGCUUCUAAGCCCCCGCCACAGUCCGCAGGAAGCAUCGCCAGCAACAAGGGGGGUGCCGGUCAAUCAGUAAAGGAGGCUACUCAUGUCCGCACGAUAGGUGUUGGUCUUCUGGAAGUCUCCCAGGUCCUCCGUCAAGACAAAGACACAGAGCAGGUCAUUAAUAUAUGGUCUCCUUCCGAGCAGGCGGAAGAUGGGGAGGGAUACACGGACGGCUUCGACGCUUUGAUUCGCUCGUUACUACCCAGCCCUAGCGGGAAGUAUGUAAGGUCUGCGCGCGCCGCUCGUGUCCAUCUUCAUUUACAUCCACACAUCGAUUCCGACCCGGACGCCCUGAUCCAGAGGAAUCCCACAAUUAUGCACGAUAUCGUCCAAACUCGAAGAAUCGGCUUUUCCCAAGCCCCAACUAAGCCUAGAUCUGACAUCUACGUGACAAUCUCACAUGCCACUUUCCCUCCAGAAGCACUGCUCUCACACCCGCACUCUGGUCAACUUCCGAUGCCAGCAUACACCGGACUUCGCAAUAUGCAGCUUACCCUGGAAGUACGCGCUGCGUCAGGGGCUCGGGUCGAUCGAUGUGUCUUUCCUGCAUCGUCAGCCACCACUGCCAAUACAGCCUGGAGAACAACGAUUACCGAGAAAGGCAAGCCAUGGAACCAGACUAUUCGUCUCAAUCUUCCCACUGAUCAGAUUCCGGGGUCUCAUCUUAUUAUGAGCAUUGCGGAUGCUCCCGAAUUUCCCUUCGCCCUCGCCUGGAUGCCCCUGUGGGAUAAUCAAGCUUUCAUACGGGACGGACCUCAUUCUCUGCUGCUGCAUGCCUAUGACAAGCAUACAUCGAGCAUUGAGAACGGAAAAGGUGCUUACCUCUCGCUUCCGUGGAGCGCGCUGGGGAAGAAUGAAUCCGCAAAGGAUGAGGCGCUCACUGGCCCCCUCGCUACACUGCGUCUCGAUACACAUUUGUGCAGUACGGAGUACUCACAAGACCAAGUCAUUCUAAGUCUUCUGAACUGGAAAGAGCGCCCAGUGGAUGAAGUAUUUGACACACUUAAGAGGGUUCUCUUUGUUCCAGAAAUCGAAAUCGUCAAGCAGCUGAGCGGUGUCUUUGACGCGCUGUUUGCGAUUCUCGUGGAGAAUGCCGGUAAUGAAGAAUAUGAGGACCUCAUCUUCAACAAUCUCGUCACUGUCCUCGGAAUCGUUCAUGACCGGCGUUUCAACCUCGGUCCGGUUGUGGACCACUACACCGAAAACCAGUUCAACUUCCCCUUCGCCACACCUUGUCUGAUUCGAAGCUACCUUCGCCUCCUGCAAGCAAGCUCUGAUCUGAAGCACUCUCGAAAUCUUCGUGCUACGUUCAAGGUUGGGCGACAUGUCCUAAAAUUCAUCAUCAACGCUCGCCAACAGCAAAAGUUGAAGGAGGAAGGAAUCGGUAUCACUCGCGUUCAGUCAACUUUCAACCGAGACCUGCAUACGAUCUUCAAGUCUUUGGAGGCACUAAUGAAGAAUCCCUCCCCCGCCAUGAUUGGAAGCAAAACGCUUGUCGUCCAACACUUCCACACAUGGCUCCCCGAGCUCUUGGCGGUCCUUGGAAGGGAUGAGGUGAUCAUGAUUGCACUCAGCUUCAUGGAUUCAUGUGCUGAUGUGAAGGGUAUGCUGGUUCUGUACAAACUGGUUCUGAUUCAACACUAUACUCGCCUCGAGAUUUUCAGGUCCGGCUCGGAGAGACAAAGUCUGGCUUCUAGCUGUAUUGGGUGGCUGGAUCCCUACUGGGGAGCAACAGGGGCGGUGUCCGACCAAUACCGUGAUCAAGUUCGUCUGGUCGCCGCUAUUGUAGCGGAGCUCUUGACGCAACCGGAACCCCAGCUCUACGCCUUCAUGCCGAAGAUCGUCUCUUCGUACUACUCGAUUAUCCCCGAUGGCGUGGAUGACACCAAUUAUCUGUCUCUUCUCUUUAGCAAGUCAUUCCCGUUCCAGCUCAAGGCUUCAAAGACAAGUCAGAAGUUUGACGAAGUCCUUGUGGAGCUGUCAGCUAUCAUGGCUGCAACUGCAGCGAUACCGAACCCCAAACGACCGCGCUUGAAGGGCUUGGAGCUUACCAACUUCCUGUCUCAAGCCUUAGAGGUCCACACAUCAAUUCUGAAUUGCGAGCCGUAUCCUGAAAGCUGGUUUAGUAUCCAUGUCUACAACCACCGGGCGACGGUUAAGAGUCUAGAGUACCUCGCUUCGCUAAUGACCGACAAGCUCCUUCCUGCCCCGGACGAUGCUGAAACUUUUGACACCAGGGUCUGGGAGUCUUUCUUUAUGACUUUACUCAAGGUCGUCUCAAGCGAUGCCCUUGCCCUGGAGACCGUUCCGGAGCAAAAGCGGCGCACUAUCUGGAAGAUCGCCGGCGAUGUUCGAGAGCAGGGCGCGGAUUUGUUACACUCUGCCUGGGAAGCGAUUGGCUGGGAGACCACCGAUGAGGAAAGAGAGCGCUACGGGCUGAAGAAGCUAGGCGGGUACCAAGUGCAAUAUGUCCCAGGACUGGUGGCUCCUAUCAUUGAACUCUGCCUCAGUGUCCACGAAGGGCUACGUCAUGUUGCAGUUGAUAUUCUGCGGACCAUGAUUCUCAGCGAAUGGGGGUUGAACCAGGAUCUCUCAAUCAUUGAGACCGAGAUCAUUUCCAGCCUGGACAACCUCUUCAAGACGAAAAACAUGAAUGAGGGCGUUAUACAGAAACUCUUCAUCGGUGAAUUGCUCGAUCGCUUUGGCGGUUGCGAAGCAUUUGAUGAGGAUCUCGGAACAGCUGUCAAGGCUCUCAUUGCAACUGUGGAUGAGCUUCUAGACCUCUUUGUGGCGUCACAAGGCGGCUCUAUGGCAGAAAGCCUGCAUACCCUUCGAUUAAUGGAGUACAUGAAAGAUAUGGGUCGAGAAGAUAUCUUUAUUCGCUAUGUCCACGAAUUAUCACAAGGUCAGGCUUCUGCGGGCAACUUCACCGAGGCUGGUCUCGCACUCCAAUUCCAUGCGGACCUGUACGAUUGGGACCCCAAACGGUCUGUACCCGAGAUCACAAACCCUGCGUUUCCCGAGCAGACGCCUUUUGAGCGGAAGGAAUCAUUGUACUUUGCAAUCAUCCAGUACUUUGAGGACUCGAAAGCGUGGACACAUGCCCUUGCUUGCUACAAGGAGCUUGCGAUGCAUUACGAAGACACGGUUAUGGAUUUCGCCAAGCUCUCGCGAGCGCAGAGCUCGAUGGCCAAGAUCCACGAGUCUAUCGCAAAGGACGACAAGCAGUUCCCGCGCUACUUCCGGGUUCUUUACAAGGGUCUUGGAUUCCCUCAAACGUUACGUGACAAAGAAUUUAUCGUUGAAUGUGCCCCGACCGAACGCAUGGCGACGCUUGUUGACCGGUUGCAAAAGGAGCACCCUUCAGCGCAGGUCCUCUCUUCCGGUGAAGUCCACGAUUACGAAGGCCAGUUCCUCUACAUCAGCCCGGUUAGUGCGCAUCGUGAUAUCAGCCACCCGGUUUAUCAACGGUCCAAGAUCCCGCCAUCCGUGCGGGAUCAUCUUUUGAUUUCCGAACCUACCCGAUUUAGCUCUACCUUGAGAAGACACAUUCGAGACGCGGAUGUUCAAGAGCAGUGGGUGGAGAAGGUCAUCUAUACGACGUCCGAACCCUUUCCGAAUAUUCUUCGCAGAAGUGAGGUUAUUGCUACUGAGGAGGUCGCACUAUCUCCUUUGCAGACGGCCCUUGAGCGCACGUGGCGCAAGACGCAAGAACUGUACUUGCUUUACCGACGCGCAGCCUCCGGGGAGGAUAAUAGUUUAAUGAACUUGACCGAGGCUCUGGAGCAAUUGCUGGAGCUCCAUUCGAGUUCACUAAGCUGUGUCGCUCACUAUCGUGUGUUCCUGACGGACGAGCCGGAUGAGGAGGAUGAGGAGGAAGAUGAUGCCAACACGCCGAAACCCGUGGACCCAUUGAAGAAUGCCCUUGCUGUGGCCCUCAUCGAUCACGCUUUGGCGAUCAAGCACGCUCUAUCGUUGUAUUCCCGUCCAUCACAUCAAGCUACGCAAAUCGAGUUAACGCGGCGGUUCGAGGAGGCUUUUGCCCCUGAACUCUCUUCUCUCCGUCCUGUUGAGAUUGUUCCUCCCCAGCUGUUACACAGCCAGUCACCUAUUUCCUCGGAGAGUCGACAAACGACUGCCCUUCCACGAUCUAUCAGUCCGGAGCAGGAGCUAAUUCGGGCUUCACGCAAGAACAGCCAGAUUGGCCGGCGAGCUUCUCGGAAGCAGUCUGUCAGCCACCGAAUCAGCAUAAUGAAUCCGUUCAAGCGCUCAAAUCACGGGACGAGCAACUCCGUUGCUACGAUUCAAGGCCAGCCCAACGGCAAGAUGAACGGCCACACUCCCACUGCCAAGGUUGAAGAGGCUGACAUUGAUGAUGCUGCUACGGUUCACAGUCGGACGACCAACCAAUCACGAGACACAAACACAAAACGACGGAGUUUCUUCGGCGAGGUCCUACAGAAACACACCUCUUCAUUGUCGAUAAGUACUAGUGUUGCCGGCGACGAGACCAAGUCCCAGAAACAGCAACGAUCCCGGAGUGCGUCACGCAGUGUGGCGGGCAAAUCGGUGGACAAUGUCAGCCACGCCACUUCUCGGCAUAACGGUACUGUGGAGGAUCGGCCGACACCAACCAUAAUCACCAGCCCCAAGGGAGGGUGGUCGACUAUACCCUCGCUUACAGAGCCCCCGCGACCUGUGACACGGAGCAGUGCAACUUCCAUCCAAAGUCCCGAGCUUCGAAGCCCCGUCUCCCAAAGUCAUAGCUCCAACGGUGCCGGCAACGCCAACGGCGGUGUACGCGACUCGGUUAAGAAGCGAUUCAGCCUGCUCAAGGGCGUCAGCCGAAAAGCCAGCCGACUCGAUUUCAAAAGCGGCCAAACAGUUCACGAGGAGUGA